AUGCUGUCACGAGCUGUCAAAGUUGGCAAAUAUUUUGCAGCAUAAAACAAAAGAAACUCUACUCUAAAAUUUUUCUUCGCCGCUAAGAUGGAGGACGCGAACGGUACGCGCAAAGGAUGCUGGGACGCAGUAAUCAGGCAUGCGUAAUGAGUCGGUUGCCAUGGUUACAAUUUGAUUUCUAUCCAAGAUGGCGGCGGGACCACAAACAGGAAAAUAAAGUCAACAAACAUCACUAUCAGAAGGGUGUCACGAUGGCUAACCAACCAGAGCCUGAGGAUGACCUGCUGAAGUCCCUGGAGUCCAAGUUCUCAGCCAUGUUUGACUACACGCAGUGGCAGAGAACCAGAGCUACAGUAGCCAGUGCCAAGUCAACCAAGACAAACAAAACUGUGCAGAGUCUAGCUACCUCAUCUCGAAUCACCCCAGAUGAGACGUUGGACACGCGGACAGUUGGUACGGCCUGCUCCUCCACAUGUAAACACUCCUGGAACAGGAAGGAUCUGUACAACAUACUGGAUGAGAAGGCAGCAAAGGAAGCCAGAAAGAAGGAGAUAGAAGACAAUAUCAUGAAGAUGAGAAUAAAGGCAAGAAUGCAAACCAUGGAUGAGUACACAAAGAGAUACGAGUAUUUAUUGUCAGAAAAUAAAAAGCUGCAAGCAGAAAUUCAGGGAACAGAGAAGCAGACUCAUAGAGACACAACAAAACUGCUAAGAAAAUAUGAGAAAUGUCGGGGGGCAGUAUCUACCAUAAACAGUAAGUUUCAUGAGGACCUGGAGACAGCCCAAGCAGAUCUCGAGGAGACGACAGAGAGGCUGAACAGGGAUCUUGAAAAUCUUCAUGGGGAGCUGAGGGCAGUUGAACAGAGACUAAAACUGAAACAGGAAGAACUCCAUGUGCUGGUCACAUACAAGGACAAGGAAUACCCCUCCAAGGCACUAAAGAUAUCAGGGCUGGAGACGGAAAUUAAAGACUUGGCUGCGGAGCAAGAGGAGGAGCUGGAUGAGUUGAACAGAAUUAUCCUCAUUGAGAGAACAAGUUUUGAGAGACAGAAGGUUGCAGAUAACCAGGCUAUGACUUCCAAUGUCACAGAACUGAUACACCAGGCCCUUUCUGACAUCCCUGACACCCAGAAAUCUAUAUCGGCCAUGCACGGAAGUCUGAAGGACAUGGCUUUGCAAAAUGCUGUGAUGAAGAAAGAGAUAGAGGUGCAUCGUGGGGAGAGGGAAACCCUGAAGCAGGACAUCUCACUGCUGGAGGCUGAACUUAAACAGCUCAUCAAGGAUCCCAAGUCACAAGUCCUGCAACAGAUAUUCCCUCACUUCUUCCCUAAGGAACCAAAAUGUACCCCCGACAUGGAUGUGGUGCUGGACAUCCCCACACAGGAGUGCCUGCCUAUCUAGCAGUGAUUUUGACAGCAUAGUAUAAAAGUGUGGAUGGCAAUAUGAAAAAGUAAACCUUAUAUCUGCUAGAUAUAUCUGAACGAAAAUUAUUUAAUGGACAUUUGUACCUGUUGAUAUCAUUAUAUACAUUAUGAUUGAUUAUGAAACAUAUCACUAGGUACUAAAUUGACGAGCUGCUAUAUAUUUUUGCUUUGAAUUCUGUAGAAAAAGUGCCGUCCAAGAUAAUGAUAAUGCAUUAUGACUGAUUCUUUUGAAAAUGUGGUUAAUGAAAUGUAUUUUAUGAGAUUUUUAAGAGAACAAUUAUUUUAUAUUUCUGGCAUUUGUACAUAGUGCCAUGUCAAAUGUAUCUUCACAGAAACAUCAACACAGAUAUCAUCUAUUGUUGAGAGGUCAGUUUCAGCCAAACAAUUCUUCAGGGGAAAAUCAGUUACAUACAAUUUGUUACAUAUCAUUCAGG